AUGGAAGGAAGGGAUUUAUCGAGGGAACCUUGCCCAGAUCGCAUAGUGGAGGAUAUGGGCGGCGCAUUCGGCAUGGGCUCCUUCGGUGGCUUUAUUUGGCAUUUCAUCCGCGGCUGCAGAAAUUCUCCUAGAGGAAUUAUGCUACAAAAUGGCCUAUAUAGUGCCAGAACCAAAGCUCCGUUGCUCGGUGGCAAUUUCGCCGUUUGGGGAGGCACAUUCUCCUCCUUCGACUGUACUUUUCAAUAUAUACGCAGGAAGGAAGAUCAUUGGAACGCUAUUUUUAGUGGCUUCUCCACAGGCGGUGUUCUGGCUCUAAGGAAAGGCUUGAAAUCAAGCGCCAAAAGCGCACUUGUAGGUGGCCUUCUACUCAGUAUAAUUGAGGGUGUUUCAAUUGUGGUAAACAGAAAGAUGACACCCACACCCAGACAACAAUACCAGAGACAAAUGGAAUUUGAGAAAUCAAUGCAGUCACAGAAUCGCAGCGUACAAGUAGGGGCUGCGUAA